CUUUUUCCCAUUUCCAGAAAGUACGGAAAUCAAGAAACAUUUUCAGUGGAUCUCGGAAUCUGUUCUGAGAAAGAUAGGAUAUACAAACAAAGUAAAAGAGGAUGUUUUUACUGAAUGUUUAAGACAAGAAGCCGCAAAAUGGGCAUGCAACUUGCAUUCAUCGGAGUGUACUGAUGGUGCCAUUCUGAAAUUAACAUCACUUCACAAAAAGCGAUUUUCGCCGAUUUGGAAGGAAUGGACAUACUGUAAAGGACUGAUGUCAGCGAGCAAUAGUACAUGGAAUAAAGUGUUGCAUUCAGGAGUAUUAGAUAAUAACCUUUUACGAUUUUUAGCGUGCACUAAAAAUCAUACCGUCAUCAUCGGUUAUCUCGAUUUGUUAAAAUCGGAACGUUUUACUAAAGCACAAUAUCGUAUCACAGUUUUCCAUUCCAUUAUUGCACGACAUGCGAGAAAUGAAUUAGUGCUCACUUAUAUUCUAAACAAUUUUGCAAAUGUUGUACCUAAGGAAAUUAAGAAGAUUUUAGCGUUAACAGAUAUUAUUAAUCAUCUGUAUUCUAAAGAUCAACUUGACAAGGUUUAUAACUACGUAGGAAAGAAUUUCUCUGACAAAAUGUUUUCACGACUUAUCCUAAAGAUAAAUAGACGAUCGUCACAAAUCACUAAACACGUUGGCUAUUUCAAGAGCUUUUUAAAGACGGAGUGA